UUUUCUGUCUAUUUCUCAUGGAUUUCUAUGCCUAUGGGCAUUUUUUCCUCUCUUUUCCCCUCCGCAUUCUAGCGGUAUUUUUAGCAGGUGCCAUUUUGACAAAAAUUGAAAUAAUAAGACGAAGUUUAGCUUUUUGUAGAGUGUUUUUUGUGUAAAUACGUCUGUAAAAGCAAAACAGAAUAUUUCAUACAGAAUGGUUGCGCAAACGAAAGUGUUCGUGGGAAGUUUGCCGCAAGGCUCCAAGCCGGAGGAGUUGAGGAAGCUGUUCGAGCGCUUCGGCGUGGUCACAGAAUGCGAUAUCAUGAACAGAUGCGGCUUCGUGCAUAUGCAGACAGAGGAACAGGCCGCUGCCGCUAUACGGGAUCUGCAUAACUCUACGUUUAACGGUGGUGUGAUUACUGUGGAACGGGGAAGGAUCAAGGAGAGAGGAGGAGGCCCGAGAGGUGGUGGUCGUGGUGGGAUGCGUGGCGGUAUGAGAGGUUCAGACCGGCGAGGAGGAAUGCGCGGCGGACCCCCUAGAGACGCCCCGUACCCUCCUGUUCGUGAUCGUGGCAUGGGAGGAUCAAUGCGAGGACCUCCGAUGGGAGGCGGUAUGUCCAUGAGGAACGGAGGCGGGGGUUCAUACGACCGUGGCAUGGACCGGGCGCCUAUGGGCGGAGGUGGUUACGAUGACAGGUACAACGGUUACGGUGGAGAAGACCGUCGAGGUUUCUCGUUAAUGGACGGCCGCGGCGCCCGCGACCCGUACGCAGCCCCACCUCCGAUGUAUCCGGACGACAGACGCUCGUAUGCGCCUCCAGUAGACGACAUGCCAGCUAUGUAUCCUGACGAUCGUCGUGCGCCGAUGUACCCGGACGAGAGAGACAUGAUGGAUCGAAGGGCGCCCAUGCGCAGUGCCCCUAUGUCAUCAGGCUAUGACAGAGCGCCCCCGCCACGCGCUGCUCCCGUAGGAAACGGUGACAUGUACAGCAGGAGGCCAGAACCAGCCAUGCGAGCCCCCACUGCAGCCGCAGCGGGCUAUGAGCGGGACCCUUACGCACAACAGUACCCUCCCAUGGGCCGCGGCGGCGGCGCGGCGCGGCGCUACUAGCGCCUGCACACCGGCCCGUGCCGGCUCCGUCCCGGCCGCUCCGACCCGGGCGCGUCACGCGCGUGCCUAGUAUUACCAUAAGUGGUCACGAUCGCAAGCCGUGCUCGCAUAGACUUAAGAUAGCUCAUAGUGACAAGAACAAAUUAGUGUAACGUUGGAAUUCUCAGGCAAACUCUUUAUUAGGUACAUUCAGAUCCGCUGUCGUUUUAUGUAACAUAUCUCUGCAACAACCUACGAUUUAUGAUUAUUAUGUUAGAUCUAAAUUAAAAUUAUGAAUACGUUUUAUUGAUAAGAAUUAAUUGUGUAAGGUAUUUUAGAUGUAAAUGUCAUCUUUUUAGAUUAAAUUCCAUUUUUUGGGACUUACUUCUUUUUUGUUUCACCUUGUCUCCUCGAUUUAAUUUGCAUGGCUUCCUUCGUCCGUUCACGCUUCCCUUCGCUUCCUCCUUUACCCGCGCGGCUCUGUGAACAUGUGAAUCGAUUUCACGUCCACGUCCCCGCCCGCCCUCUUGGGCUGUACUUUGCAGGACAUUGAGUAUUAUCGUUGAUAGCUAUCGACGCAAAACGGCUGUUAGGCAAAACAGUGCGGUCGGUGGCUCACUAGCCUGCGAAAUCAUCAGCUCAUAUUAUUUGAAUUGUCCAAAAAUGUAUCCUAACGUUGCUCCGAGCGUCGACUUUCGUAGAGAAAGUGCGUGCGAGUCCUUUCAGACGUUAGUAGCGGCUCGAGAUCACGUACGCAGCUGCUGACGGCGCGGCAUAGCGCGGCUUGACUAGCGACGUUCGGUCUCGGCACAUGUUAGGCGACACGACAGCAACGAAGACCCAGCACGAUCGUAAGUACGGCAAUAGACGGCAAACGUUAACGGCAAAGCGCUUGCGGUCACCACGAAACGCUUUGAAAACUACUGCUUCCUUCCAAAGUUAUCUACGCAAAAUAAUGCGUUUUACUUUUACAUGGUUACACGUUAAAAUGCCGGAACGCUGCAUAUUCUGAUAUGCGUAAAUUGCGCAGAUUUAUAACGUUAUUGUCACUAUUAUUGUCACAGUGAUAUUGAUUUUUUUCGAUAUGCUUGCGAGAUUUUUGUAAUGUAACCAGAAAUAACCCACGAUUAGGCAGCAUUCCUAAGAGUUCGAUUAACUCUCAAGUUUCUAUUUUACGCCAACCCCAUGGAUAUUAUGACAAAUCGACAGACCUACGAAAUAAAAAUAUGUGGACGUGUUCAAUUUAAUUAAAUUUGCAUUAUGUUUGGCAGGUAUUGGAGCCCACCUGGUUGAAGACUUGACUAAUGUCUGAAGAGGACAACUGCUGCAAAGGAAGCGUGCCCUUUGGUUACGUGUUGGACUGAGGCCUUGGGCCAAGGGUUCGAGUAUUACGGAAGAAAAUGAUGAAACUUGAUGAAAUAAAUUUUUGUUAAUGUUA